AUGGCAUCGGGGUGUGUAAGAAUUCCCAGACAAUUAUAUAUACUCAUGACAUUCAGUUGUGUCGCAGUGUUAUUUCUUGAAUUCUGGUUGCCGCAGAGACAUAACAGAAGAGACCUCAGUAAUUUGUUAAAGAACGACAAUGAACGUCACCAUAAAACUGCCAUCACUGGAGUCGCGUACGGAUCUUUUAAGCCAGAUACGUGUUUAUUCAGAAAAUUGAAGCCUCACUGUUUUGAUCCUAAUGAUGCUCAUUAUCUAAACCAGUCUCGGGAUAUUGACCAAGCAUGCUUUCCAGAAGAUGUCGUGUUCACGGAUAUUGGUUUGGAUGAUCCUUUCUUUCCUUCAACAGACCUAAUGAUGCCAAUGGAAAAGGAAACUAUGAAUGACCCUGAAUAUUUUGACAUGUUCAACACAGUCAGUCUUGAAAAAUCUAAAGUAAUUCUGGAAGAACCUAAUAAGAGACAUCACAUUGGUGAUGUUAUAGGAGUACGAGUAGACCUCGUGAACAGAUUGAGCAAACCGAGGACGUUAGGUGGUGAUGACGUCAGAGCGUUGAUGGUGUCUGAAGAUAAGUUGUUGAGAACAGGUGGUAAUGUAACUGAUUUAAAGAAUGGUAGUUAUCAGAUCACAUUCGAGGCGUUACGGCAAGGAAAUAACACGGUUAUUAUCACGAUACCUUAUACAAGGGAAAUAAGAGCUACUAUGUUUAAAUGGCUUCGACGUCAUAAAACUUUAAUAUAUUAUUUCGGAGUAUUCAAGCGGAAUGAUGUUCAAGAAUUCACUUUGUGUUCUCCUUAUUCAACUAUCCCAGGGUUCGUUAAAGUGUGCAAUCUGACUGCUAUGAACGAUGACCUGCCUUGGUUCUGUGGUAGUCCCGUUACUCCGGAACUACCCUGUGACACUAUUGUUAAGUCCGAACGUUUUGAUUAUGCAGAAAUAACUGCAAAUUAUGCACAGUACUCGGCAUUCUAUAGAUCACACCUGAAAACAAACUUAAAGUCGAGCAUUACAGUUAACGUACAUAAAGGUCAUCAAUCGAAACAGUCGAACAAAAUAAACUGUAACAACAGAAUAAAUCCACGAGAUACUUGGAAUACCACAAUGUCUACAGGUUACGUUUAUAAACAACAGUGGAUACAACGGAACUGUACAAACACCGUAACCAGGAAAUCAGCGGUUCUAUGUCUGGUAAACACCACUCUAUUUUUAACUGGAGAUUCCACUGUUCAUCAUUGGCUCAAAUUUGUGGUAAAAAUGACAAACAGUAAAAGAAUGCCUCUUAAAUGGGCGUUGAAUUGGUGGACUGAUAAUGGGAUUUAUGUAAAUAAACAAUUGAAUAUAACAAUCCAAUGGGCACCGCAUGUGCUGCCGUUUGUGCGUGCUAGGAAACUCCCAGAUAGGCAGAUGAAUUUAAAAUCAGUGAGCACUCAUCUUAAACAACUUCCUACAUCUGGCAGAAUUAUCUUUCUCAUCCAUUUUUUUGCUCAUUUCACUAGACAGCAUUAUUCAUUAUUCUGGAUUCAUAUCAGAUCCUUAAAACCGGCCAUUAGAGAAGCUUUGAAUAGAAACAAGGAUCUAAAGCUGGCUAUAAAAUCUCCACAUAUGUUUUACCGAUCACCAUGUUUACCAAUUCUAAAUGAUCUUCAAGCUCCUAUUUUUAUUGACAUCAUCCAAGAGGAAUUUGUAGAAUUCAAAGACUCUAUGAUCUAUCUGAACUAUUGGGAAAUGAAUCAUGUUCUUCAGAAUGAUGAAGUCCACCCCCCAUAUCCAAUCAUUUGGCAGAAUUUAAGGCAUCUUCUGAGUUAUGUAUGUUAA